UUUGUACUUUGCGCGCACAUUUCGUUUUAUGGCCCACUUGGUCGGUCGAAGUAUUUUGCAUUUUAUCGUAGUUUAUUUACUCAGAGAUGUUACUAAUUUACAUUCAAAUUCUUAAGUAAUGUUAGACAGAAUAUGACAUUUGUCUUACAUAGAAAUCGUCUCUGAAUAUUUCAAGAUAAUAUGAUUCUCCCAAAUCAAACCGGGAUGCAACACUUCUGGAGCUGGUAGAUAUCAAAUUGGCAUAAAAAUUAAAUGCAUCUAUGUCAAACAAAAGCAACACUUAGACCAACCCAGCCAACAAAGUCGUGUGAAUCUCAGUAUAGCUGCCCCGCACCAUGUGAUGGUAUUUUGCAUAAUGCAGAUAACCUUACUAAUUCUUCGGAUAAUAAUUUUUUGAGUUCUUCUACAAAAGAUCCCUCCAGCAAUUCUAAUAUUGAUGACUCCAUGAAUGAGGUUCAAAGUCAUCUUUCCAUCCUAGGGUCAAAUAAUCAAAUCCGAUCACUUCCAAAGGAAGAGAAAGAGCAGUCUGAUGUCAUUAAGAAACUGGUUGAUUCUGGAAGUCAAAUGAGCGAUUUGACUUUACAAUGUAUGGAUAAUUAUUACGAUGAUGAAGAUGACGAUGCCUUGUUAGCAAGAGAGUUCAGUCAACAACCUGUAGGAUUUGAGGGUAGUCCAGGUGAUUGUGAAUCGGGAGAUUAUGAUAUUGGAACAUUUUCCCUUACUUCAGUUGAUGGUAGAGCCGUCAAAGAAGAGUCCAUUCCUCUUUUUGCACGUUACCGACCCUCUCCACCUCCUCCACUUUCCAGAGGACAAAUACUAUUUUCUCCUAACUUACGUAAUCAGUCGUUAGAAGUUUCAGAGCAACCGUCAAGGUUUAUCAGUUCGGAGUGUCUUCCACCACAGAUCAAAGGGUAUUCUCAACUUCAAAUGAGUGAUUUAGAAACUGUCGACGAUGAUAACCCAUCUAGUCACAGAUGGUUCUCUGAGGAUGAAGCUGGUGACGUAAACCAAACUUUAUAUCAUCGUGUUAUGGAGGAACCUUCACCUUUUGUUGGUUUGUCUACAACGUUGUCCCCUAUUGCACUCACGUUGGACACGGGUGUUAUAACUUCUUCGUCACUCUCUUUGUCUUCAGCUUUAUCCAGAGUAGCUGCAGAUGACCAAGUUUCACUUCGACUUACCACUUCAUCUAGUACAAGAAAUAGUGCUAGUACUAAUCCUGUUAAUAGUCCACCUUUACAAGCUUCAACAUCAUCUUCAUAUGGUCAACUUAGUCAGCCUAUUUGUGAUAGCCGACCACUUACCUCAGUUACUUAUAAUUCAGACCCAGUAAUUUCUUCUUGUUCCAAAAUAACUUUCUCUCAUAUCCCAGAUGACCCUUCUAUUAGCGCUCGUCAAAGAUUAAUGGGAGCGUCCGCUGCAGCAGCUAUCUUGGCUGCAUCAGCAUAUGCUGCGCAAAACUACCCUGCGAAACUGAACAACUACAAAGACAUGGUCAAUUUAAAGGAGCAGGAUGUGAUUCAUUUACGUCAGUUACCACAACACUCAGCAUUAAUUAAUGACCUUUGUCUAAAUUCACCACUUUUACAAAUCCAAUCAAGCUCACACACUGCAAUGUCUUCUCUCAGACGCCGUGAUCCUUGGUCCAUUCCUUUAAGAAAAAUGUCUGUAAAUCUAAUACAAACGUACAAGCACAUAAACGAGGUGUACUAUCGUAAGAAGCGACGACUUCGCGAACAACAGCGUCAAACAAAUGAAGCUUCUGCUACAGUUCCUGAAGUACCUUACCUUCAAAAAGUUCGCUCACCUGAAAAUGAUCUAUUGCUUGGUGAUCACCUGGAUUCAUUUUGGAGGAUGGCGGAUAGUAGUGAAGCGUGUAUCAAAACACAACCAAUGUAUGACCAUGGCACUUUGGGUGGUAUUACUAGGACCACAGAACACCAAUCAUUUUCUUCAGGUGUUUCAGUUCAACAUAGUUCUACAACUUCUAACAAUGCUAUGAACGUGCCCACAAAUUACAAUGUAGGUUCAGCUGUUCAGUCACAAACGUUUCCAUGCAACAAUUCUGUUGUGUCUUCCAAAAGCUCGCCUCACCCUCGACAUCGGGCCGUGCCGAAUGUACUUCGAAUGAAUUCAAAUCAAAUAGUACAACCUUAUCUAUAUGAUUCAACCACGUUAAAUGGAGUAACAAAUCGUUUUUCUACACUAGAUAUUUCUGAGUCUAUCUAUGACACCGGUAAUUCAAAAGUAGACUCAAGAUUCAUGCCUGUUACCCUCAAUAAUGUUUGGCUACCAACAAGCAGUUCCGGUGCAACUGCAACACAUAUUUCUAGACCACUCCUACUAGAAAGUGGGGAGUCGGUAGUUCGUGACCAAAGAGACCCACGUGGUUCUACUAACCAGAGAGAUACUGAGCCACAUUCCACACAUUUGCAACACAUAUUCCCAUAUCAAUCUUUUCUGCCGUCAAAGACAGACUUUCCCACUUAUAUGGAGCAAAAUCCAUUGUCUCUAGACAACAACAUUCGUUCAGAAAACUCAUCUCAAAUCCCUCUGUGUCUUUUGUCAACAACAGAAGCUAGGAAUACCAGUAUAACCACCACCGAAGGAUUUUAUCAGAAUCAAUUCAAUUUAGAUAUUACGAAACCAAUCAAUCCACAUCAUUCAAUUUCUUUCCCGGUUGGAAAUUUCAGUUCCUCGAAUUGUACACAUAACAAUAGUUUCAGAUCAUCAACAUGUUAUUAUAAUUUAACACCGCUUGAUUCAAUAUCCCCGACUAAUAGUCGAAUAUCUGGGAUGUUUUUAAAUACGCAUCAACAUACUGCAAAUACGUGUCCUAUUAGUCAUAGUCAAAAUAAUUUGGUGUCAACUUCUGUAACUUCACCGUCAUAUAUGUCUGGUUUUCGUCAACGUUUCGACCUCACGUCACAAAGUCAAGAUGCUUUAGCAAAUACAAGAACAUCACAUGAUAACAUCCUUGGGGUUACUAGUAUUAGUCCUACCAGCCCGCUUUUGCCAUCCAUUUUUUCCGGUCACGUGUCUAAUCCAGCUUUAAUUACAUCUUUAAGCACAUGCGUUGCACGACCUCAUGAAGGCAAUGUAAAUCAGCUGUAUCCACUUGGUUUGUCUACUAAUGAAGUGUUGCACUCUUCCUAUGCACAAAAUGCUCUGUCAAAAUCCACAAAUGUUACAUAUGUAAAUCAACCUAUGUUUUUCAACUCGGCACUGUCAAAUCAGUUUGUUCACCGUUCUGGUAUAAAUCAAAUAGGAACCAAGGUGGCGAUCACAAACUCAGACAUUCCUGGGACAUCAGCAACAGUCUUAUCAGCAGCUAGUGCAGCAGUGCAACAAUCAUCUGUGAUAUCUGGUUCAAGCAAAAUUAAUAUAGUAAAUAGUUCUACUAGUACUACUACUACUACCACUCAUCAUGUAGAUCGUCGUCAUACAGAUAGCAAUUAUGAUUACAUUGUUAGGCCCGGUGAGGUAUGGAUGGGACAAUACUUAAUUAACAAUCUUAUUGGGAAAGGAUCGUUUGGUCAGGUAAUGAAAGCACAUGAUUGUAUUUCAAAUGAAGAUGUGGCUAUUAAAAUUAUCAAAAAUAAACGUGCAUUCACUAAUCAAGCUCAAGUGGAAAUUCGUUUGCUACGUGAAAUGAAUCAUUUUGUUGAAGAAGCUGCUGAAACUGGGAAAGAACCACCACCUGGAUCUAAUUUGAUUGUUCGUUUACUUACUCAUUUCACAUUCAGAGGUCAUUUGUGUCUAGUAUUCGAGUUACUUUCAUACAAUUUGUAUGAUCUUUUAAGAAAUACAAAUUUUCAUGGUGUUUCAUUGGGUUUAACAAGAAAAUUCGCUCAACAAUUAUGCUGUGCAUUAGAUUUUUUAUCUAGACCUGAAUUACAAAUCAUACAUUGUGAUUUAAAACCGGAAAACAUUCUACUUGUCAAUCCUAAACGCUCAACCAUAAAAUUAGUGGAUUUCGGAAGCUCUUGUCAUAUGAAUGAGAAGAUUUAUCAAUAUAUCCAAUCACGCUAUUAUCGUUCGCCAGAUGUUCUACUAGGAUUAGAUUAUACGAUGAGUAUUGAUAUGUGGUCUCUGGGAUGUAUUCUAGUUGAAUUACAUACUGGGGAACCUUUAUUCGCUGGACAAAAUGAGGUUGGACAAAUGAUGAAAAUUAUUGAAGUUCUAGGUAUGCCACCCCGGUUACUACUAGAAAAAAGUCGUCGCUGGCAUGUAUUUUUUGAACGAACAGUUGAUCGCACUUAUGUACCUAAAGCUGCUUGCCAGCAACCAGGUAGUCGUCGUCUUUCUGAAAUUUUGGGUGUCAAUACUGGAGGACCACGUGGGCGACGUUUACAUGAAUCUGGUCACACCCCAAUGGACUACAGCAUCUUCUUGGAGUUUGUACUGCGAAUGCUUACUUUCGAUCCAGCUCGACGCAUUAGUCCUGCUGCAGCAUUAGGUCACCGGUUUUUUCGACGUUCAAAUUCAAAUCCAGUGCCUUCUGGUGCCAACGUACUACAAUCGGGUCAGUGUGAUUCUGUUUCAAACGCUCCAGUUCUAGUUUGUCCCCCUCCUAACCAUUGGGCCAAUUUUGUCGAUAAUCCAACAUCUAAUCUAGUGCAUAAUCAUUUGAAUAACUUACGAGUUUCUGGACACUCUGGUGUUAGUUUGGUCAAUCGAACAACUGAACAUUUAGAACUCAUGCGGAUUCAACAACAACCCAUGCGAAGUGCAGUCACUGGUUCUGUUAUGGUUUCACAGCCUCGCUCCAUCCCAGUUAUAUCUAAUGAUGGUGUGAUAACACAAAUUGCUGAACCGCUCUCACCUCUUUUAUAUGGAUAUCACGGACCAUUUCAUGUUCAUUCUAAUCCAGGUCCUCUACCUCUUCAAAUUUCUCGUGUCAACCCAACGCACCUUAUGCAAGGCGUUCAUUGCUUACCCUCGGUAAACCAAACGCAUACUAUACCGGCCACAGCAAUUUCAACUACUUUUACCGAUUCAACUCACUUUCAUCAUCCAUAUUAUAUCGAAUCUGGAAUGUAUGCUUAUCCUCAACAACCUAUCCAAUUAACAUGGAUCAGUGGUUUAGGUGAACAUCAUUCAACUAGUUCUACCGCAUGUCUUACAUCGCCUGAUAUAAUGAAUGUAGCUUCUGCUUCUCCCGGAGUUUGGCGUUAAAUUCCAAGACGAAAAACAAAGGGUAACAGUAAUAGGUUUGCUAAUGCAUUGAAAAUUUUCCAUUAUUUCUUAUUCGCCUCAAAAAAUAGCCGUUCUGUGAUGCGAAUCAACAUGUCCACAAUCAAAAAUAUAUUCAUUGGGUUUUGUUUUAACUCAUGUAUAUGCAUCUGACGAUAUACCAUAUAUAUAUAUAUAUAUAUAUAUAUAUAUAUAUAUAUAUAUAUAUAUAUAUAUAUAUAUAUAAUUCUUUGCAAAAUCUUCCCUUACCGGUUUUCCAUUGUACAGUCAUUUUUGUCUGUUUUACAAUUUUGUUUCUCUUCUUUUCUAUAAUUCGGAUGUGCGUGGUAUCUGUGUUUUAUGUUCAAAUCUCAAAAUAUUCAUUUACUCUCUUUUAACUGUGAUUUUGCUGUGACACUCGCACAUUGUACUACUGAAUAUAAAUUACUUUUAUCCCAAACAAUUAAGAAACUGACUAACAGAUAUUUCCACAUUUAAUGUUACUGUAUACAAACACAAAUGUAAUUCUUCAUAGUAAUAUUAUUUUUAAAAAAAUUACAUGUUAUGCAUUGAUGCUCAUUUAUUCGAAUAUUAAAAAUUAUUCGUUUACAAUGUGUGCAUUAGGUAAGUGCAUUUGAAUGCUUUGAAAUUCCCGACUUACGAUUAUAGAAAAUGUCGUAUUCAAAAUCAAACAUUGAUAUGAGUGCACCAUUUUCUAAUAUAUUUGAGUUAUAUAGCAUAUACGUAUUCGUGUAUACACAAGCUUUGAGCAAAUCUAGGUAGAACAGAUUCCCUUACUUCCACAAUUUUUUAUGAUUCCUUAUAUUAUCAUAUCUUAGUUCUUUUCUCUGUUGAAUUGAAUUGAUUGUCUAAUCGAGUAUGUUUUAUGUUGAUCUGUUUCUUUAUUUCGUUGGUUUUUUUUACGUCAAUGCGUACAAAUAUGUACCACUUACAUUCCUGAUUACGGAGACAGAAAAUAUUUGAAAACUAACCCCCCCUUCAGCUGAAGUAAAAAAAGAACCUUAACCAUUUCGUGAUAUGUAUCUUUUUUCCAUCCAUAUUCUCCCGGAACCCUAUUGUGUAUGUCCGUGAACAUACAGAUGUCUUUGUGUUCGCGUGUGUACAUUCUCUAUUCUGCAAAUAUUCUAGUUAAUGAAUCUAAAACUAUUCAGGAAUAACAACUGAUUUUUUCCGUGCAGUAUAAAGGCAAUGCUUCUAUUUGAUUUGUGGUGAUUUUUCUUACAUUACUUCUAAUUAUCAUAAAAUGUUGUUCUUGUUUCUUUUUUUUGAGGGGUAAUCGAUAAUCUUUUAUAUAAUCUGCGCAUAAUCAACAUAGUUAUAUCGACCCACUUUGCCAUACUACGUAAACGUAACGCGAUGAAAUUCAUAAAAUAAAUAAAAGGUUCGGGAUAAUUGUAGUAUUAGUAAUAAUGUAAUAGACUAAACAGAGAAUAUGAUUUAAGGAGAAAUUAAGUAAAGGAUUAGUAAGUAUGAACUAAUACUGGAGCUCAAGGGUGACGAGUGCAUCUGUCCCACUUUGACUGAUGUUCAAAUAUAUCACCUUAGUUCUUCAACCAUUGUACAAAAGUAUCCUGUGGACCUCAAGUGGUUGGUCUACAUCUAUCAACAUGGACAAGAUCGACAAUCAGUGAGCUAAUAGUAUAUCUUUGUUUGACCGGUUUUGGCUCUCUCCCAAUCUACACCAUCCAACACUGGAAGUCGAGAUAGGUGGUGAUUAAGCAUGCGUACCACCUUCCAGGCACCUGAGUCGAUCGAAUUCCAUAACCUUAUCAACCGACCUGCCAUAUCUUUUUAUUAUCCUACAUCUAACCUCAGUGUUAACCACUCACUUGUUCCUCCGCACACGAGUUUUCUAAAAAUUUCAAAUACUAAUGACCUCCGUUUGUCUUCUACUUCCAGAGAUCACCUUUCACAGCCACGAGAUAAAAACUGCGAACUAUAAACUGGAAAUAAUGUCACCUAGAAAUCUAAAUCAAAAAUAUUUUAGUUGUGAAACUAAUCACUAGAUAAGACUACGAUAUAAGUUUUUUCAAUUAGUUGGAGUUACUAUUCGAUUCGCAUCAGUCCUAUGCUGGAAACACUUUAUAUUAUGCUUUGAUUCAUAUACCUUUAUUUAUUUGAAUACAUAAAAAACGGUACAAG